GAACGGCGACCAGCACUCAGUUGGCUAACGGAUGCCGGAGCGGGCACAGCUUGACUAAAUACACUAAGAACUAAUAAAACAGCAGCCGAAACAAAAACAAAAGAAAACGAAACGGAACGGAACGUAACUAAGCGACACAUUCACGGCGAAAAGUGCAAAUAAUUAAAAGUAGUCAACUUAAGUGCACAGUAAGACAGCAUUCCACGCAAUACUCAUUAUUCAUUGGUAAUGAGCAAAGCUUCCACUAAUACUAACAUGCCCCAUUUAAGUAAGGGUAUAUCCAAAGCUAACCCUGUGGUGACAGAUAAACUGGAUUCGAUCGAUAUGGAGGCGCCCGAGUUCAAAGAUUUUGCCAAAUCGAUGGUCGAUUAUAUAGCCGAUUACCUGGAAAACAUACGAGACAGGCGAGUUUUGCCCGAGGUUAAGCCGGGCUACUUGCAGCCAUUGAUACCGGAUGCGGCGCCAGAGAAGCCAGAGGACUGGCAGGAUGUUAUGAAGGACAUUGAGCGGGUCAUCAUGCCCGGCGUGACACACUGGCACAGCCCCAAGUUUCAUGCCUAUUUUCCGACGGCCAACUCCUAUCCGGCGAUUGUGGCAGAUAUGUUGAGCGGAGCGAUUGCUUGCAUUGGAUUUACUUGGAUAGCUAGUCCAGCCUGCACUGAGCUGGAGGUGGUCAUGCUUGAUUGGCUGGGCAAGAUGAUCGACUUGCCCUCGGAGUUUUUGGCCUGUUCGGGCGGCAAAGGCGGCGGCGUCAUACAAGGAACGGCCAGCGAGUCGACCUUGGUGGCGCUACUUGGGGCAAAAGCCAAGAAGCUGCAGGAGGUGAAGGCUAAGCAUCCUGAGUGGGAUGAUCACACGAUAAUUGGCAAGCUGGUGGGCUAUGCCUCUGCCCAGUCACAUUCGUCCGUGGAGCGGGCUGGUCUCUUGGGUGGCAUCAAGUUGCGCUCAGUUCCGGCGGAUGAGAACAAUCGUCUACGCGGCGAUGCCUUGGAGAAGGCUAUUGAAGAAGAUUUGGCUGAUGGUCUGAUACCUUUCUACGCGGUCGUCACAUUGGGCACGACAAACUCGUGCGCCUUCGAUCGCUUGGACGAGUGCGGUCCUGUGGCCAAUAAGCACAAUGUGUGGCUGCAUGUCGAUGCGGCUUACGCCGGAUCCGCUUUUAUAUGUCCGGAAUAUCGUCAUCACAUGAAGGGCAUGGAGAAAGCGGACUCGUUCAACUUUAAUCCACACAAAUGGAUGCUGGUCAACUUUGACUGCUCCGCCAUGUGGCUAAAGGAUCCCAGCUGGGUGGUCAACGCAUUUAACGUGGAUCCGCUCUACCUGAAGCACGACAUGCAGGGCUCAGCGCCUGACUACCGUCACUGGCAAAUCCCGCUAGGUCGCCGAUUCCGAGCCCUUAAGCUCUGGUUUGUUCUGCGUCUGUACGGCGUCGAGAACCUCCAGGCGCACAUCAGACGCCACUGCGGCUUUGCCAAACAGUUUGGGGAUCUGUGCGUGCAGGACAAACGCUUUGAGCUGGCCGCCGAGGUGAACAUGGGCCUAGUCUGCUUCCGUCUGAAGGGCACCAACGAGCGCAACGAAGCGCUGCUGAAACGGAUCAAUGGACGUGGCAACAUACACAUGGUGCCAGCCAAGAUACGCGACGUUUACUUCUUGCGCAUGGCUGUCUGCUCGCGUUUUACACAGUCCGAGGACAUGGAGUACUCCUGGAAAGAAGUCAGCGCUGCAGCCGAUGAGUUGGAGCUGAGCGAGGCGGCGGACAAGAAGUGAACAGCAUCAGAAAUAUGCAUCAGAAGUGACAUGUUUAGGGAAUUUUAGCAUUGAAUACUCACCUCCUACUCCCAGUUCC